UUGUAAGACACGUGCUGCUGAAUGGCUCAUCUUUUGUAACGCUGGGGAAAUUGUUACAAAACACAAGACCGAACACACUUAAUCAGAAAACCCUGCCAUUUUUUCCUGUCCAACCGUACGGAGGUCUGCUUAUACCGAAAAGGACAAUGAGCCAUAACUCCAUUCACUGGUUCCGCAAGGGUCUGCGUUUGCAUGAUAAUCCUGCUCUGAUCGCUGCCCUGAAAGACUGUAGACACAUCUACCCCCUCUUCCUGCUGGACCCUUGGUUCUCCAACAACACCUGCAUAGGCAUUAAUCGAUGGAGAUUUCUGAUAGAAGCUCUCAGAGACCUGGACUCCAGUCUGAAGAAACUCAACUCCAGGCUGUUUGUUGUCAGCGGACCGCCCACAGAGGUCCUUCCAAAGCUGUUUGAGAAAUGGAAGAUCACUCGGUUGACUUUCGAGGUCGAUACAGAGCCGUACAGUCAGAGCAGAGACAAGGAGGUCAUGAAGUUGGCCAAGGAACAUGGUGUGGAAGUUAUUCCGAAGAUUUCUCACACUCUCCACAACAUUCACAGGUCAUUUGAAAAUCAUGUUUUCAUAAAUAUAUACACAAAGAAAUACUCACCUGCAUUUUCAAACAGGAUUAUCGAAGAGAACAACGGCAAGCCUCCCAUGACGUACGUUCACUUCCAGAGUGUGCUGAAGGACAUCGGUCCUCCUAAAAAACCUAUUCCUGCUCCAACCAAAGAGGACAUGAAAGGUGUGUCCACUCCACUUUCUGAGGAUCAUGAAGAGGAGUUCGGGAUUCCAGUUCUUGAAGAUCUUGGACUGGAUACGUCAUCUUUAGGACCAGAUCUGUUUCCAGGUGGUGAACAGGAAGCUCUGCACAGACUGGAUGAGCACAUGCAGAGAACGGCAUGGGUGUGCAGGUUUGAGAAACCACAGACGUCCCCCAACUCCAUUAUCCCCAGCACCACCGUCCUGAGCCCCUACGUCCGAUUCGGCUGCUUGUCUGCACGCACCUUCUGGUGGAGGCUCACAGACGUGUAUCGAGGGAAGAAGCACUCUGAUCCCCCGGUCUCCCUGCAUGGCCAGCUGCUGUGGAGAGAGUUCUUCUACACCGCUGCUGUCGGGAUCCCAAACUUCAACAGAAUGGAGGGCAACCCUCGCUGUGUGCAAGUGGACUGGGACAACAAUCCCCAGCACCUGGCUGCAUGGAGAGAGGCUCGGACCGGAUUUCCGUUCAUCGAUGCCAUCAUGACACAAUUACGUCAGGAGGGCUGGAUCCAUCAUCUGGCUCGGCAUGCAGUCGCCUGUUUUCUGACCCGAGGAGAUCUGUGGAUAAGCUGGGAGGAGGGCCAAAAGGUGUUUGAGGAGCUGCUGCUUGAUGCUGAUUGGUCGCUAAAUGCAGGAAACUGGCAGUGGCUCUCAGCCAGCACGUUCUUCCAUCAGUACUUCAGAGUGUACUCUCCUAUUGCCUUUGGAAAGAAAACCGACAAAUAUGGAGAUUACAUUAAGAAAUACCUUCCAGUGCUGAAAAAAUUCCCUGCCGAGUACAUAUAUGAGCCCUGGAAAGCUCCUCGGAGCAUUCAGGAGAGAGCAGGGUGCAUUGUGGGAAGAGAUUACCCUUGUCCUAUUGUGGAGCAUGAUGUUGUCCAUAAAAAGAAUAUUCAGAGAAUGAAAGCAGCAUAUGCAAAGCGCUCUCCAGAGGACAAAGGUGAAAAACACAUCACCAAAGGUGUAAAACGCAAAGCAACAUCUACAAUGAAUAUGUUAGAGAAGAAGGCAAAGGCAUAGUUUUUCUCUCUCAAACUGUUUUUCUACUGUGUUUGUCUAUGGGUCAGUUUUGGUUUUUCACAUUUCUUUACACCAUUGAUAAAUGUGUUUAUAAUACAGUACAUUUUUGUAUUCAUUUUUAGCUGGGAUUUUUUAGCUAUCAUGGUUUUGCAGUAAAGUAACCUGUUCAUUAGUUCAAAAGCUAAAUAGAGAGCAUUUUAAAUUUCAACAGCAUCUUGGAUGUACAGUCAGGUCCAUAAAUAUUGGGACAUUGAUACAAUUAUAUCAUUUUUGGUUCUAUACACCACCACAAUGGAUUUGAAAUGAAACGAACAAGAUGUGCUUUAACUGCAGACUGUCAGCUUUAAUUUGAGGGUAUUUACAUCCAAAUUAAGUGAACGGUGUAGGAAUUACAACAGUUUGCAUAUGUGCCUCCCACUUGUUAAGGGACCAAAAGUAAUGGGACAAUUGGUUUCUCAGCUAUUCCAUGGCCAGGUGUGUUAUUCCCUCAUUAUCCCAAUUACAAUAAGCAGAUAAAAGGUCCAGAGUUCAUUUCAAGUGUGCUUUUCUACACUGUUCACCUGAUUUGGAUGUAAAUACCCUCAAAUUAAAGCUGACAGUCUGCAGUUAAAGCCUAUCUUGUUUGUUUAAUUUCAAAUCCAUUGUGGUGGUGCAUAGAGCCAAAAAUGCUAAAAUUGUGUCGAUGUCCUAAUAUUUAUGGACCUGACUGUACGAAAAUGUGCAGUUUUCUAUUUAACUUAUAAUAGAGACAUUGUGUGUCUGUCUGUAAAUGAAUGUGUUUGUGAAAGUUUUUACAGAUACAGAAAUUAACUUAAAAAAAAAUACAGAAUUAAAAUAAAACACUACAUUUCUGUCUUUCACAAUAUGCAUGUGUAUUCAUAUCCAUAUUAAGACAUUUAAAGGUGUACACCUUUAUAAAAUUCAGUCCAUCGUGUCUGAUUUAGAAACAAACUUUUAAAGUUUAUGUUUAUUUUUGGUAUUCAUUUCUGAAACAGUAUGAAUGUGACGAUCUAGAAAAACACUUAAAAAUAAUAAUAAUAAUAAUAAAAAAUAGUAUA